ACUUCCGCGACGUCUUCGUUCGUCGCGCGCGAGGGCGGGAGGUUCGUCCUCGACGGCGCCACCUUCCACGUCGCGGGCGCGAACUGCUACUACCUCGCGUACUCCUCCGGCGCGGACGCGGGGUCGUACGAGCACGACUGGGUCAAGGAGGUGCUGGACGAAGCGCAGAGCCUCGAGCUCAACGUCCUGCGCGUCUGGAGCUUUCAGGACGAGUGGUGGCAGCGCGACCGCGCGCUGCAGCCCGCGCCGGGGCAGUACAACGAGCGCUUCCUCGUCGCGCUCGACGGCCUCAUCGUCGAGUCCGCGCGAAGGGACAUCCGGCUUCUGCUGUGCCUCACGAACUACUGGGAAGACUACGGCGGCGCGAUCGCGUACGUGAACUGGGCGCACGCCGCGGGUGAGCGUCGCGCGGACGGCCACUCCCUCGACCGCCAAGAAGACUUCUUCACGUCCCAACUCUGCCGCGCGUGGUUCAAGCGGUUCGCGACGCACGUCCUCUCGCGCGUGAACACGAUCACCGGGGUGGCGUACAGAGACGACCCUGCGAUAUUCGCGUGGGAGCUCAUCAACGAGCCCCGAGUCCUCGGCGACGCGUCCGGGGAUAUCCUCCAGAACUGGAUCGACGAGAUGUCCGCGCACGCGAAGAGCGUUGACGCGAACCACAUGCUCACGGUCGGCAUCGAGGGCUUCUGGGGGAAGACGUCGCCGCACCGCGUCGGGGAAAACCCCAUCGACGGCGCGGAGCGCAUGGGGUGCGACUUCGUGAGAAACUUUCUAAACCCGAACCUCGACUUCGCGUCCGUGCACGUGUGGCCGGACCUGUGGCUGUACUGCGACGACGACUGCAAGUUCGAGUUCAUGAAGACGUGGAUCGCCGGGCACCUCGAGGAGUCUCGCGACACGUUCGACAAGCCCGUUCUCCUCGAGGAGUUCGGGAAG